CUGAGCUAGGUGUAAGAGGAGAGAGUGGCGUCUAGGCGAGCAGGGCGGAAGCUGACUUCUCGGAAAGGCAUCAGGACGCAUGGGAGCUACUUCAAACUUGCGGGUUCGCCCAAACCACCAUGUCGACUUUCGGAGGCGUGGAGGUACGGCGGUCAGGAGAGCGCUACAGGCCACAGGUGAGGCAGGUGAGGGCUGUUGGAGUUGGGAACUUGGUGACCAGUUGGCCUGCUCUUCAUGGAGGAUGGGAGUUCACCUGUUCUUGCUAAGGACCGGAGAUGCUUGUCUGGGAGUUCUCCUGCCCAGGAAGGUCCAGCUUCUCAGGCCUCCUCUGAACCCAGCAAGCCACUCUCCAUAGCCCAUAGACACCCGAGCAGGAAGAAUGGGCUUUCCAGACUCUGCCAGAGCCGGAUGGCACUCUCUGAAGACAGGUGGAGUUCUUACUGCCUCUCAUCACUGGCUGCCCAGAACAUUUGCACAAGCAAACUGCACUGCUCUGCUGCAUCUGAGCAUGCCGACCCUGCAGCUGGGCCUCUGGGCAGUACUUCCUGCUGCUCCUUGCUACGUGGUUUGGCUUCAGGGUGCUCUGCACCCCUGCACUCCACUCCUGUGUGCAACCCCAACAAGGCUGUCUUUACUGUGGAUGCCAAGACCACAGAGAUUCUGGUUGCCAAUGACAAAGCCUGCAGCCUCCUUGGGUAUAGCAGUCAUGACCUGAUUGGCCAGAAGCUUGCACAGUUCUUCCUCAAGUCUGAUUCCGAGGUGGUGGAAGCCCUAAGCGAGGAGCAUGUGGAGGCCGAUGGCCAUGCUGCAGUGGUGUUUGGCACAGUGGUUGACGUUGUUAGCCGAACUGGGGAGAAGAUUCCAGUCUCUGUGUGGAUAAAGAGGUUGCAGCAAGAACGUGGCUUGUGCUGUGUAGUGGUUCUGGAACCCGUGGAGAGGGUCUCAGCCUGGGUUGCCUUCCAGAGUGAUGGAACUAUCACAUCAUGUGACAGUCUCUUUGCUCAUCUCCAUGGGUUCACAUCUCCAAAGGAUGUAGCUGGGCAGUGUGUCACAGACUUGAUUCCAUCGAUGCAGCUCCCUCCUCCUGGUCGACAUGUCCCAAAGAGUCUCAAGAUUCAAAGGUCUGUUGGGAGAGCCAGAGAUGGUACCACCUUCCCAUUGAGUCUGAAGCUGAAAUCCAACCCCAGUGGAGAGGCUGUAGCUGACAGUGAGGCUACAUCUGAACCAGGUUACCAGGCGUCUGUAUGGGUGUUCUGCACCAUCAGUGGCCUCAUCACCCUCCUGCCUGAUGGCACAAUUUAUGGUGUCAACCACAGCUUUGCACUAAUGUUGUUUGGUUAUGGGAAGACUGAGCUCCUGGGCAAGAACAUCACUUUCUUGAUUCCUGGUUUCUACCACUACAUGGACCCUGCAUAUGACAGUUCUGUGCAGCUGCCAGACCUUGUCAACUGCCUGGACAUUGGCAGUAAGACUGGGCCUGGAGAGAUGAACUCUGAUGCACAGCAGGACUGGGAACUGGCCAGUGGAGCACACGAUCCAAGGGUAGACGUGACGUUGGCCCAUGACCACGUGCUAUCACAAGAUGAGCCCUUGAAGAUGAUGGGAGGACAAGUCUCCCUUAGGACUCAGACACGGUUGGAAACUGACUGCCAGAUACUCCCUUCUUACUCGUCUCAAGCCUCCCUGCGGGUGGACAGCAACCCAGUUUAUGGUGAGCAUUCAUUGCCCACAGACCAUCAAAGCAUUCCAAAGAGAAACCUGCUGCCUCAUGAUGCACAAUUGCUGUCUACGAACCAGCCAGAUACUCCAGAAGUAUCCCCACCAGUCCUUAAUGAACAUUUAUUGUCUGUGAUUCAGAAAAAUACCUCAGAAGAAAGUCCACUAACCCACAGGAAAUGCCUGUUGCCUAAGGCCCAACAAGACACUACAAAAGGAAGCCCGCCAACCCACGAUGAGCAUUUACUGCCUACAGACCAGCAUAUCAAUGUCUUGGCAAAGGAGAAUCCUUCCACAGCAGAGAGCUACAGACAGAGUCUUUUAGAAGAAAGCAGGUCCAAACCAAAGGAUGCAAAACUGCUUGCUUCCUGUGAAGUUUCUGAGCCACUAGUCCCAGCUAAGAACAGGAGCAGCAGCAUGGACGUGUGUAGUCUACAUCAGGAAGCUCAGCUGGAACUGAUGGGCGUUAGCAGUCCCAGUAGUCCAAAGCCCUGGGCUGAUGCCACCAUGCCUGAGCCCCACACCACAGGGCAGCUAGCAGGAGGGGGCUUCCUGACACACUGCCCACAGUAUAGGAGUGAGUGGAUCUUACAGCAGCGAGGCCAGGACUUGGCUCCCAGCCCCUCUGGAAUGGCAUGUGUUUUGCUUGGGACACCCACUCUGGAUGAACCAUGGCCAGGAGUGAGAAAUGACCGAGAAGAGCUGCAGACUUGCUUGAUUAAGGAGCAGUUGUCCAAGUCAAGCUUUGGGGGAGCUCUGGGCAUCUCCUGUGUGGAGCUUGUCCCUGCAGAACAUCCUCCUUUCACUGCCCCUGUGUCCUUCUGUGAUCUGGGAGGCCGAGACCUGCAUGCUAGCCGCUCAGGCAGCUCCUCAGCUUGCUAUGCCUUGGCCACCGAUCUCCCUGGUGUCCUGGAGGCAGUGGAAGCCCAGGAGACUAAUGUGAAUUCUUAUUCCUGGAACCUCAGGGAGCUCUUUCUCAAUGAUCAGACAGACAGAACUCCAUCGCAUUGUUCCUGUACCACGUCUGAACUCAACGAGACACCUUCUCCUUCAGUGGUGGGCUCAGAUUUAGAUAUGCGUGCUUUGCACAGGCAGAGUUCAGAUAUUCUAGGUGACCGAGAGAUGUUGCUCCUGACUGGCACCUAUUUUGACCUUGGUGAAGGCCGACAGUUCCAGGAGAUGGAUGCAGGACAUAGUCGAGCAGAACUGUCUGACAUCUCUUUGGUGUCCUCUGAACACUAUGAAACCAGUGACAUAGGAAGCCCAGGCUGUGGCCCUCCUGUACCAGGUCAUCCCAGUACUGAUGGUAUGUGCCAAUCAGCAGAGAAGCCCAAGCUGAGUGUCCAGAUCACUUCCACUCCUGUGGCACCUGGGGCCGCCACCCUACAGCCGGAUAUCCAGGAGGGCGUCUACUCUGGAAGCUGCUACCACCGAGAUGGCUUACGACUGAGUAUACAGUUUGAAGUGAAGCGAGUGGAGCUCCAGGGCUCCGCAACCCUGUUCUGCUGCUGGCUAGUGAAAGACCUCUUACAUAGCCACCGGGACUCAACCACCCGAACCCGCCUGUUCCUUGCCAGCCUGCCUAGUUCUACCCACUCCAUGUCUGAGCUCUCUGGAUCCAGCUUUGGAGAGAUGCUCAGAGCCAAACCUUGGUUUGAGGAAUCCCCAACACCUGCAGAGCUGGAGGGGCUGGCGGCCUGUGAGGGCGAAUACUCCCAUAAGUAUAGCACCAUCAGCCCACUUGGAAGUGGGGCCUUUGGCUUUGUGUGGACCGCAGUGGAGAAGGAGCACAACAAAGAGGUGGUGGUGAAGUUUAUUAAGAAGGAGAAGGUUUUGGAGGAUUGUUGGAUUGAUGAUCCCAAACUUGGAAAAGUUACUUUGGAGAUCGCAAUUCUGUCCAAGGUGGAACAUGCCAACAUAAUCAAGGUUCUGGAUAUAUUUGAAAACCAAGGGUUCUUCCAGCUAGUGAUGGAAAAACAUGGCUCUGGCCUGGACCUCUUUGCUUUCAUUGACCGCCAUCCCUGCUUGGAUGAGCCUCUGGCGAGUUACAUCUUUCGACAACUGGUGUCUGCUGUAGGAUACCUGCGCUCCAAAGGCAUCAUCCACAGAGACAUCAAGGAUGAGAACAUUGUCAUCGCCGAGGACUUCACAAUUAAGUUGAUAGAUUUUGGCUCAGCUGCCUACUUAGAGAGAGGCAAACUAUUUUACUUUUGUGGGACAAUCGAGUACUGUGCACCUGAAGUUCUCAUGGGAAAUCCGUACGUAUCACAUGAUCCUGGAGUUUACCCUCCUCCUGUCUUGCGUUGUUGCCCAUGAAUGUUGUGAUUUUAGGAAGAAAUGGUUUUCAGUUUGGGUGUUUUAUUGAGUAACGAGGGAAUGUUCUGGAAAUCAGUGUGCAAGCUGGACGAUGGACAUAGGAGUCGAAUCCACCAUUUCAACUUUUGAUUGUUUGGAGUUUGAUGAUACAGAAAGUUAGAAAAAAUACAAGAUAAAGAGGAAGGUCUCAAAAGCUGAAAUGCUCUGAGUGACUCCUAUAACUUUCUGUACUUUAUUGAAUAUCAGGGAAUAAUCAUUACUUUCAAGGUGUUAUCUGUUUGUAUAACAGCAAGUUUCUUUAUGUAACAGCCCUGCUAUCCUUGAACUCACUCUGUAGAUUCAGGCUGGCCUUGAAUUCACAGAGAUCCUCCUG